AGGAGACCGAGCGGAUUCGGUUGUUUUUGUUUUUUCCUCCCCCCCUCACGACGUCCGAGCCUGCGAAUCGCCGAGCUGAGCGGCGAAGGCUUUUUUCCCCCCAUGGCGGGCGGGAAGGCUCCUGUGAGGAAACCUGCCGGCGCCUUCUUCUGCCUUUCGGACCCCGCCUUGGGCUCGGAGCGGGACAGAUUAACGCCGGGGAAGGCUUGAGGCCUAGUGAGGGUCCAUUAACGCUCCAGGUCCAUCCAUAACAUGGCAGAAGGCGGCUUCGACCCCUGUGAGUGUAUUUGCGCGCAUGAGCACGCCAUGAGGAGGUUGAUCGAUCUGUUACGGCAAUCUCAGUCCUAUUGCACGGAUACAGAAUGUCUUCAGGAACUGCCGGGACCGAAUCCCUCUGCUGACAAUGACUUUGGUGUCACCAUGAUGAUGGUGGGCUGGCUGGUUCUAGCACUGGUUUUGUUCUUGAUGAGACCCACCAGCUUAAGGAGAUCGAUUACUGCUGAAAAGCCCUCUCGCCCGCAUAGCGGACAAGAUCCACCGGCUCCAGCCGUCGACUGAGAUUUCCUGAAAAAGCUUAACAAGUUUAAUCUUCAAUGACCAAAAGAAAGAACGUGAUCACAGCAUUCCUUAUCCUUGUACAGUAGGGUUCUGUUCUGUACAUAUACAAUAUCCAUUUUCUUUUUCUAUUUCUUAAAUGACAUUUAAACGGAUUAACUUCACGUGGUGGGGAAGCGUCAGUGUUUUAGCGAUGAGUGUUGCGCUUCUGUCCCCUGCAAUAUUUAAAGAAAAAAAAGUUAAAUCUCUCUAUUGAUAAUCGGUUGAACCUGUUCAGACUAGUGGGUUUUCUUUUUUCCUAUCUAUUUAGAGAUUAAAAAUUACAGUACACUCCUCUGCGAUCUUUGUACACCCAUUUUCUGGGAAAAUUCCCGCAAACGUUUCCACCGUGUCUAUUUUCAAAAAGUUCACAUAUUCCACAGCCUUCUCCAAUUAGUGCCUUUCGCGUAUGCUGACUAUUGUGUCAUAUUCCUAGCUGGCAGAGUCAGCAAUGUAGAUGACAUCAGAGUAUGAAAGCUGACGUAAACUAGUUAUAGUUUUAUCUAGGAGCCAUUUUAUAGGGAGAGGGAGAAGAGCGAGAGAGAGAGAAGGAAGGAAGGAAGGAAGAUAACAAAUAAAAAUUUACAUUUAAAACUAGUACCACCCUUACACAAUGAUUUUCCCCGUGGACUUGGAUUGGAACAAACCUCAAGUUAAAAAAAAAAGAAUCACAGCAUAAUACAUGCCAAUCAACACAUCAGUAGGACGGUCUCCUUCACUGCAACUGUUUAAAAGCUCCUGCGGUCAAAACGAAGUUCUGGAUUGCAUUAGAUUAACAUGUUUUACGUGUUAUUCAAUUGCUGAUGGAACAUCGACACAACCAAACCCUUGGCAGCACGAGGCCACAGCACAGUCCGUGAGUUGGCACUCCACGAACGGGGUGCCAAAACUGCAAAUUUUGAGUAGUCUGCCUGUUAGAAAGGAGAAGCAAAAUUGGCACGUUAAGCUUCUACGAAGCUGAACGUGUCGAUGUUAUCCCUUUUCUUUUCCUGAAAACAAUCCCAACCAGGGAUUGGCAACUUUUAAGACUUAGGAACUUCAGCUCUCAGAAUUCCUGGCUGAGGAAUUCUGGCAGCUGAACUCUACAGGUCGUUGAAAUCCACAAAGAUAACUUCAUGUCUUCCAGUUGUAAAAAGGACAUCUCACUCACGCAGUACGGUAAAUUACAGAGUUAAGCAGCUACUGUGUCAACCUUUUUAAGACCAGUUUUUAAAAUCAAACAUUGAAUUUAUUCUAUGUGCCUAGGCUAAGACUUAACUUGUGCAGGUGACAUUUUGGUCCAGUAUUUUCCAAAUCUGUGGAUUAGUGUACACCGAGCUUUGCAGAGAAAUUUCGUGCUGAAAACAGUGCCAAUUGCCAGCGGUUCACCUGUUUUAAAAAAAAAA